UUUGUUAUCAGUGAAGAGUAUCAAACCAUCUUGAAUAGGAACAACAAUCCAAGACUUCAGAAGCAAACCUUUUAUUUAAUUAAGAUUCAUCAAGCUCACAACACUAAUCAUUAAGCCGUGUUGAGGUAUAUUUGAAAUCAUGCUUAAUUUUGCCUGUAAAGAGAGCGCCCUUCAAGUGUUGGGUAUUGCUCGUGUGUUGGGCACGGGGGCCCGUUCUCUGACGGCCAAGACCACAUUUAAUACCCUUACGAGGCCAAACUUGGGUAACAUUAAGCCAAAAGAGACCAGCAAUUUGUUCAUGUGCGGAACUUUUUCCAAACGAGCUGGCGGCGUAUCUCCCAUAACAUCAGUCGCUGGAAAUAAUAAAAAAGUAAAUGAAAAGAUGUCUGGGGAAGAAAUUGAUGGUGUUCACGUGUUGGUGGAUUCAUUGGUUCGCCAGGGCAUUGAAUAUAUGUUUGGGGUAGUUGGUAUUCCUAUUGUGGAGGUUGCAGUGGCCGCUCAACAAGCAGGGAUUAAGUAUAUUGGUAUGCGAAAUGAACAGGCAGCAUGCUAUGCUGCCCAAGCUAUAGGUUACUUGACUGGUAAGCCUGGGGCAUGCUUGGUUGUGUCAGGUCCUGGCUUGCUGCACACAAUUGGUGGGUUGGCCAAUGCUCAAAAUAACUGUUGGCCAGUACUGGUGAUUGGGGGUUCCAGUGAUGAAGAUCAGGAAGGCUUAGGAGCCUUUCAGGAAUGUCCUCAGGUUGAAUCCUGUCGCCUAUAUUGCAAAUACACUGCUCGGCCUCCACGAAUUGAUACUGUACCAUAUCAUGUCUCUAAAGCUAUUAAGUGUACAACAUAUGGCCGGCCUGGUGCCGCAUACCUUGAUUUCCCAGGAAAUCUCUUGGCUUCUACAGUUAAUGAAAAACAAAUUGUGCACCUCCCAAGAUGUCCUACACCUCCCAAGUCUCUAGCUUCUCCUGACACUGUCUCAGAGGCAGUUGCACUGCUUGCCCACGCACAGCGUCCUUUAGUGGUGGUAGGAAAGGGAGCUGCCUAUGCAUGUGCAGAAAAGCAAGUGAAGAAUUUCAUAGAAAAAACGGGUUUACCUUUUUUACCGACACCCAUGGGAAAAGGAGUUGUACCAGAUGACCAUCCUCAGUGUAUCUCUCCUGCCAGAUCCAGAGCAUUACUAGAAGCUGAUGUAAUUUUGCUUCUUGGUGCAAGGUUGAAUUGGAUUCUUCACUUUGGUCGCCCUCCUCGAUUCGCACCAGAUGUCAAAUUUAUCCAUGUGGAUGUAUGUGCCGAAGAAUUUCAUAAUAGUGUGACAGGAAGUGUUACUCUUCUGGGUGACUUAAAGCUGGUGUGUGGCCAGCUGCAGGAGGCUGUGCCAGGCUCUCUUCUUGCCCCACACUCACCCUGGCGGUCUCGCCUCGGGGAGAAAGCACAGGCCAACAUGAGCAUCAAUGCUGAAAUGGCCCAGGACACUUCGAUACCACUGAACUAUUAUGCAGUGUUCCACCACCUGCAGCAGCUACUUCCUUCUGACUGCAUUAUUGUUAGUGAAGGAGCUAAUACAAUGGACAUUGGACGUACACUUCUGCUUAAUAAACAUGCGCGCCACAGACUGGAUGCAGGUACAUUUGGUACGAUGGGAGUGGGACUUGGCUUUGCAAUUGCUGCAGCCCUCUGGGCAAGAGACCAUGCCCCAGGCAAGCGAAUAGUAUGUGUGGAAGGGGAUUCUGCUUUUGGUUUUAGUGGCAUGGAAUUGGAAACCAUUUAUCGCUACAAACUGCCAAUUAUUAUAAUAAUUGUAAACAACAAUGGUAUCUACGGUGGACUGGAUGAAGAAUUAUUUAAUGAAAUUCGUGAUGGAAUGGAUGCCGCCAUUGCAACACCACCUAACUCACUACUUCCAAAUGCACACUAUGAACGUAUGGCAUCCGUCUUCAAUGAUACUGGUUACUUUUGCAAGUCUAUCCCCGAGCUACAAGCUUCAGUGACCAAGGCUCUCGAAGAAGAACAUAAACCAUCCCUCAUCAACGUGAUGAUCAACCCCAUGGCUCAGCGUAAGCAGCAAGAGUUUGACUGGCUUACACGUUCCAAACUCUAAAUGAGAGAGAGAGAAUGCAGUGUAAACAGAACAUAGAGUAAAUCUAAAAUCCAUAUACAAUAUAAUGAUAGUUAAGGUAUUUGUUUGGGAAUAUAUAAAGAGUUUAUUUUACUGUGACUUUGUAAGAGUAACUAAUAAUUAAUGUUUUUGUGAAUAGGUUUUAGUAUCAAAAUGUCUCGUACUGAAAAAUAAGGCAGAUAUUUGUGUAUUUGGAUACACAAAUCAAGAUGGUUAGGUAAAUUAUUGUAGAAAAAUUGUCAAUAUGAAAGCUGUUUCAAUUUCAAUGACCUGCCUUGUGGCAUGUAGUGUGAUGUGUAUAAAGAAUGAUGAGCACACCCAAGAAAUCUCUGGAUGGAUUUCACAGGAUGGAAAAAGGAUGAUUUUGUCAGGUCAUCUAUAACUAGUCAAGUUUCCGAGUGCAGUACAAUGUAAUCUUGUUCAGGCAGACUAAUAACUGGAUUCCAGUCAGCUCACCAAAAAUUCAGGUUCUAAAGAGACACUAGAUUGAUUUUUCUGACCCCAAAUGAUGUGGACAACAAUUCAUUCUCAUAAAUAAUUAGACAGUAUACAGUAUUUUAAAAGUAAAAUAGCCUCAAAUUUUAUUAAUUUUACUUACCAUGGAGAUGACCACAAUAAUUCUUAUUAAACUCUGUAGACCAAGUGAAAAUAUAUAGUACUGUACAGUAAUGCUAAGCACAAAACCACUCUACAAAAUUUACAAACUACUGUAUGGUGUUGAAUAAACAACUUACAAGUAGCCUCAUCUAA